GCGGCCUGCCUGCCGGCCGGGCGCGCUGUGAGGAGGAGCCUCCCCUCGGCCCAGGCGGCGCUCCGGCCUCCAGCCGCAAAGUUUGCGGCGAAACUUCUCGCCCUCGCCGGGCCGGAGAUGGAGCUGGGCGAGAGGAAGCGGAGCAGGAAGUCCCGCAGCUUCAAGCUGCUCCCGCCAGAUUACCAUCACGAGGCAUACAAGAUAUCUGACUACAGUAAUGAUGUUAACGGAGAGACCAAUGAGGUGCAACCAUUCCAUUUAGGAGAUGAAAGCCGAGAAAUUAAAAAACAAAUUACAGGGAUGAGAAGGUUACUGAAUGACAGUACUGGAAGAAUCUAUCAACGGGUUGGCAAAGAGGGAGAGAAGCUGAAGGAAGAACCCCAGGAUUUAGACUUGGCCUGGACUCCACGCCUGAACCCCUCUGCAGAUACCCAAGCAAACCAUCCAUCUCCAAGUGGUGCAUGGAAUGAAGUAGCUGCUCAGACAAGCCACUUUUCAGGACAGUAUGGAACUCGUUCCAAAACAUUCCAAAACCAAGCAAGAACUGUGGGUGCCAAUGGAGAAAUUCCAGUGGCUAAUUCCUCAGCUGGCUCUAACUGCUGCACUUGUAACUGCCAGCCAGCAUUGCAGGCCAUUCUUCAAGAGCUUAAGACCAUGAGAAAGAUAAUGCAAAUUCAAGCAGUUGCUGCUCAGAACAGACAUCAGCCUUCCAUUCCUUUGGUCAGUGCUCAGAAAUCAACAGUGUCAAGGAAGAGAAAUAAAAAGAGAAAAUUGCCCCCAAAGACUAUUGAACCGCUUACUGUGAAUAAGAAACCCAGCACUAUUGAAAAUGAAAAAAAGCUGUCAGCAAAAACUGGAGGGUCUAGCCUAGAAGCAUCUGAAUCCUCUUUGAAAUUGGAGCCGCAGGUUUCAGGAUUUGGAAUCAUCCUUGAGUCGUCAGCUUCCGAUCCAGAAGUGCAGCUUGCUGAGGGCUUCGACGUCUUCAUGCCCAAAUCCCAACUGGACUCUAUCUUAGCCAAUUACACUCGCUCAGGAAGCCUGUUGUUUCGAAAGUUGGUAUGUGCAUUUUUUGAUGACAAGACCUUGGCCAACUCCUUACCCAAUGGCAAGAGGAAAAGAGGCCUCAACGAUAACCGAAAAGGACUAGACCAAAAUAUUGUGGGUGCAAUAAAAGUGUUCACAGAAAAAUACUGCACUGCAAACCAUGUGGAUAAACUGCCUGGCCCAAGAGACUGGGUGCAGAUUCUGCAGGAUCAGAUCAAACUGGCAAGAAGACGGUUAAAAAGAGGUUCAGCAGAGACAACAGACUGUGAGGAGAAACUGGACGCUUCUCUACUGCAAACAGGUAGCCUCUUUGAAGCUACACGCUGUGUGCCAGUGUUUCAUUAGCAGAGCCUCCAUCUUUAAGUCUCAGCAAGAUACCAGCAACCUUUUCAAACUACUUCAGUAUCCAUAUUCUACUCCAUCAUGGCCUCAGUCUUGCAUUAUUGCAAUGCUUCUGUAACUGGGAGAAUGAAGCAGCCAAAUCAGUUCCUUUUUUAAAAAUCAGCAGCGAGGACAGUGUGCAGUUAAUCUAGUAACCACUCUUAUAGAACAGAUUUUGCCUUUAUAAUUGUGUUUUCAAUUAAACUAAGAAAUAUAAACAUGGUUAGAAGCCUCUUGUCCUUUUAGGAGAGAGCUCUGAAGGGGGAAACCCCCUCUCCAAUGCAUUUUAUUCUGAAUCAAGAAAUUACCAAGUUUUAGUGACUCCAUUAAUUCUCGUUUGUUCUGGGACUGCUCCCCCCCAUUUGUGAUUCCUUUCAUUAGUUAAGAGGGUAAAUUUCCAAAUAUUUUAAUCUGAAUCUGAUGCAAUCUCACUGUACGUUCGCUGUAAGAACCCCAUUAUUGGUUUUCCUGUGAUACCUGGUGUCUAGUAUUUGUGAAUGUGAAAGGGCUUGUGUUUGAUAUCAAGGGUUUUCAGACAUUUUAUUUGGCAGACCACCUGAUAGAAUGCUCUCUCCUUCAUUCCCCCUGCCCCACAGCUCUGCCUAGUUAAUUUUUUUAAAGAGUUAUUUCAAAUUUUGUCAAUAAAGUCUCCAUAAUACCCUCAUUACAAAGCUGAGCAGUGAUUCAUAAGUUGCUUUGAGCCACAAGGGAAGGCAGAAUAUAAAUAUUUUAAUCAAUAAAAACAUAUGUCAGAGGUUUAAGUGGUAGAGGUUAGUUUUCAUAUGGGUUUGUAUAGGCUAUGGAAUAGUCCGUUGAGAAGAGGAACAGAGUGAGGAGGGAGUAAAUAUGAAGUAGCCCUUACUUUAAAGAGCCCAUCCAGCAUUCCAGCUACACCAAAUGCAACAGAAAUUCUACUACAUCGUCUCCCUGAGCUAUAUAGCUUUUAUACACUUACCCAACCAAGGACAAUUGUCCUAUAAUGAAGAAGGUGCACGUGGAAUUGAUUUUACAAUCUUAUUUCUUCCCUUUAAAGAGAGAAGGAUUCUGCAUAUUGAGCUUCCACUCAUACAGAUCUACACUCUCCAUUGGAAUGUCUCAGUCAGAUACUCUGGCAGUUGGAUUGCCUUAGGUCAGAGGUAGUUCUGGGAAUAACCAAGAUUCAAAAUAUGUGCCAUGUCACCCUGUCUGUGGACCAUUGUACAAAACAGUUUUUAAGAGAAAAGAUGCAGGUAGUCACAUUGGUGUGUAACUAAAGCAAAAAGCAAAAGCCGUAUUAGAAGGCUUAAUGGAAGGACUUGCAGGGCUUUUGUUUUUGAAUGUUUAAGGAAGUGUUUUAAUCAUUUGCUAGCUACUUAAUACAUGUGUUGAGUUAAAUGUCUUUCAGAAUGUCUACAAUCACCAUUAUGUUCAUUUCCAUUCCUUAGUGUAAUGCAAGCAGUCUCUCCCACUCCGCCUAUAUUUUCAAUUUAUUUUGUUUCUGCUUUCACAAGGGAAGUUUGCAAAGAGUGUAAAGCUAUAUAUACACUGAUCUUUACAGUUCACAUACCAAAGCCUCACAGAUACUGUUUGAAACAGACAUGACCUAUGUGUUCCCCUUAUCUUUGAAGAACCAGGCUUUUGGGUAUAGUUAUUGUCAUGUUUGUUAAUGAAUGGUUCAGAACUGAGCAGUUCAUAGGUAGUUAUCGCAAGCACACGAAGAGACUGUGCUAUAAAUGCUUAUAAAGAACCCGUUGAUGUGCUUUACUCAGGCUGAAUAAUCACUUCUACUGCAGCUCAGUAACUAUGUUAUAGAGUUUUUAAAUUAAUGUGACCAAUUUAUUAUUGAGAUGUGGCCAUGUUUUCUUGAAGACAAGCUAAAUCCAAUGUGUGCUGCAGUCUUUAAAAAUGAAUUUCCUCCUCAAGACUGAUGAAAAUGUUUUGUUGUCAACAGGAUCUCUCAAUCUCCCCGGCAUCUUUAAAGUAAAUCUACGAAUAAGGUGUACUUCUGUAACUGUUAACUAACAGAAAUCAGCAUUUCUUUUGUAAAUCUUAAAACAACAAUUGUAUUUGUGUCUACUUAACUGUGACUACUGUUCAAACUUUUAUUCAGAAGUAUUUUUAUAGGUUUUAUUAGGAAGAUCAUUCCAUAUUUAGGUUAAACAGUGUCUCAGUCUUAUGUAUAUACAUGUUAUUAAUAUGUAAAUACUUAGCUAUUUUUUAAAUUACUAUGUUCUUAAUAAAACCAAGAAGGGACUAGUUGUGAAAUGGUGCAUAAAAUUGUGUUGUGUGUAUAAAUCUCUGGGAAUCCUUCUUUGUCAACAGUACAAUAAAUUGCUCUAAUUCAA